AUGAAUCCAUUCUAUUUGAAAGAUUCGAAAAAACCAAAAUUGACACAACAGACUGAAACAACGUCGAAUACUAUAAAUGGUAAUAAUCGUAUUGAAUCAACAUUAUCACAAGGAGCGAAUACUACUAGUUUACAAUUAACAUUAGCUGCUCAAUUAUAUCGUCAAGCCAAAAUUAAUGAAGAAAAUCGACAUUUAAAGAAAAAAUCAAAAAUUGAUGCAAUUGAUGAUAAUGAUGAUGAUAUUUAUCCAACUGUUAAAGUAACACGUAGUGGUGAAUUACCAGAAGGUGCUACAGAAAGUGAAAAUGAAGAUAAUAAUCAUGAUGUACCUAUUGAAAAAAAUAAAAAAUAUGAUUCACAUCGAGCACUUAAUAUUGAUUUAGAUGAAAAACCUAUUCAAUCAAUUCCUACACCCCCAAUGACAUCUCAAUUAAAAGAAUCAACUCCUAAACGAGUUGAAACACCUAUAUUAACUGAAAAGCCAAAAAAAAAUCUAAGAAAAAGAAAAUAA